GGGAAGAGUUUAUUUUGGUUGCAACAAAAACAAACGCGCAUUCUCAUCCUCAAAGAGCCAGUCAAUUGCAAUUACGAAAAAAUCACCACUCUUUCUAAGGCAACCAAUUUCACACAGCCCCUUCUGGGGUCUUCUCUUCUCAAGUUCUCAUGCUACCUUGAUGGGAAGGGUAGGAAGAGACACAAGAAAAAGGUUUUGAACAAAGAACUCAAUAACUGAGACUAAUUCUUGGAGGAGACCUAUCAUGCAUAACAGCCUUGUGAAGUUUUGAGGCCUCAAGAUUUUCACUACAUUACAGUUGCAUCAGAUUCUUGGGUUGUGCGUUUGCUCUGUCAUCUUCAUAAUGGAAGUAGAGAACGUUGGUAUCCCAGUGAUCUUACAAGACCUAGACCUCAAAGGUGACAAGGCAAGAAGGAACUCUAUCCCAGUAAUCCCACAGGAACUGGAGCCCAAUGAUGGUGAUGUCAGAAGGAACUCUAUCUCAGUGAUCCCUCAGGAAACAAAUUCCAAUGUCGGUGAUAUCAGAAGGAGUUCUAUCCCAGAGAUCCCACAGGAAAUGGAGCCCAAGGAUGGUAAUGUCAGAGGGGACUCUAACCUAGUGAUUCCACAGGAAAUAGAAGCCAAUGGUGGUGGUGAUAUUAGAAGGAGCUCCAUCGGGAAAGUAGAUCCUCCUCCUGAUAUAAAAAGGAACUCUAUCCCAGUGACCCCACAGGAAAUGGAAUCCAAUGGUGAUGAUAGGAACUCUAUUGCAGGGAUCCCACAGGAAAUAAAACCCAGUGGCAGUGAUAUCAAACUGAACUAUAUCCCAGCGAUCCCACAGGAAAUGGAGACCAAGGGUGGUGAUGUCAGAAUGAACUCUAUCGAGAGUGUAGAUCCUCCUGAUGUUAUCAUCAGGAAUUCUAUCUCCAUGAUCCCACAGGGAAUGGAAUUUAAUUGUAGUGAUGCUAGCAGGAGCUCUGUUGUAGUGAUCCCACUGGAAACAGAGCCCAAUGGUGAUAAUAUUAGAAAAAAUCGUCUGAACAUUGGUGUAAAGAUUCAAUCCCGUUAUCUCAGAGCUCGAACGGGUUCCUGCCAUGAUUAUUGCAAAUAUGGAGUGAGAAAUCCUUCUCAAGAAAAUGCACCCAGUGCAAUGCCAAAAUUGGAUACAGCAACUGGAAGUGCAGGCCAGAAUCUCAAAGCAACUAAUUCAGUAGACACAGAGAGGAAAAAGAUGCCCACAACCAGUCCAAAGCCUUCUCUAGAUUCCGACACUCAGAAACUUGACUAUUCAGUUGUCACAGAGAAAAAGGUGAUAUCCACAACUGCUCGUAAGUCUUAUCCAGAUUCUGGAACCCGGAAACUUAAUAAUUCUGUUGUCACGGAGAAAAAAGUUUUAUCAUUGACAAAGAAAGAAAUUAUUUCUUCAAAGAAAGUUUCGUCUCCCAAGGAAAUAGAUGUUUGUACAGAAAAUUUGGUUGAUUCGAAGGUGAAGGCCGAUCAAUUAGAGCCAUCUUCUCUCCAAGGAUCUGUCCUAAGCCUGAACAAUUUGGAGGGGAUAGUGACAAUCAAUCCUAAGUCAUCUCCAGAUUCGGAGAUCCAGACAUCUGUUGUCGCAGAGAAAAGAGUUUCAUCUUCCUUUAAUGAUAUAGAAGUUUCUUCAGAAGAUUCCAUAGAUUCGAAGUUGAAGGCUGAGCAAUUAGAACCAUCUUCUCUCCCAGGAUCAGUACUAAACCUGAGUAAUUCGAAGGGCAUAUCCACAAUCAGUCGUAAGCCUUCUCCAGAUACAGAAACCCUGAAACUUGAUCAUUCUGUUGUCACGGAAAAAAGAGUUUUACCAUUGAAAAAGAAAGAAAAAGUUUCUUUGAAAAAAGUUUCAACCAACAUUAAGGAAAUUGAUGCUUGUACGGAAGGUUCCCUUUCAAGGGUGAAGCCUGAGCAACUAGAGCAAUCUUCUCUCCCAGGAAAAGGUUCACAUAAUGAAGUAAAGAGUGGAAGACGAAAAGUCAAGGAAAUACUAGAAGGUUCAAGCAGCAGAGGAAAUAGAAAAAUCAGCAGCAGAACCCUGAGGACUUCUGUAUUGGUUGAGAAAAAGAUGUUGGGGCCUGAAACUGUUUCUUUGACUUCCAUGCACCCGGUCAAGAGAGUCUCCAAUGUGAAUACUGGAAGCUGUGAGAAAGUCAAAGGGUCGUCUCAUCUGAAAGAUCAAAACAAUCCCAGAGAAGUUGAGCCUGAGGGAUCAUGCAAUAAGGACAUGCCAGAAAAGAUUCAGUACGUUAUUGAAUCAAAUACUGAGAAUAGUACUGUGGAACUAACACCAAAUGGCAUUAAUGCUCCUAAGUUAUUAUCACCCACACCCUUGAAAGUCAAAAGCUUGAAGCAAGCAAGGAAGGGAAUUGGUAGCAUUCAAUCACCUCCAUCCUCUGAGAAGACAAAACUGAAACGUACUGCAAAUGGAGGUUAUGGCCGUUCACCUGCUCCUCUAUGCCCCGAUAACAAAGGGUUGAGACGUAGUACUCUAGCAUCUUUAUCUUCUUCGUCACCCGCAUCAUCAUCCAUGCCCAUCUCCCCAUCUCAGUCCACUCAUAAAAAAGAAAGUGGUGCCACCUCUCAACACAAUACAAUGAAUACUGAUAAUCAAAUAGUAAAUUUAAAGGCGGAGCGCAAGACUAGGCCUCGAAGGUCUGGAGUACUUAGCUCUGACAGUAAAAACAGCCUAGCCCGAAAGCUAAAAUUCAGGAGAGGAAGGGUGGUUGACCUCCAGCCUGAGAACAAUACUCCAAGGAGACUCAAAUUCAGGAGAGUCAGAUUGGCGAGGGACACCCAAAACAGAAGAAGUGGUAUCAAAGGGGAAAUCAAUGGGAGGAAGGAAGCUGAUGACAAUCAGUCAAAUGGCACUGCUAUCAGAAGGGGAACCAUUGGUAGGGAGGAAGUUGAUGAUAGUCAGUCCAAUGGUGCUGGUAUCAAAAGGGGAAGCAUUGGGCGGAAGGACGUUGAUGACAGUGAGUCAAAUGAUGCUGGUACUGAAAAGGGAAGCACUGGGAGGAAGGAGGUUGAUGACAGUCAGUCAAAUGGUGCUAAAAUCAAACGUGAGAAAGUUGUUAUGAAAAACCACGAACGAGAUUUGGAAGGUUCCCGAAGGAAGAGCUUCAGGAGAAAAUAUGGUCGUGCUGGCAUGUUGAAUGGUACUGACACUAGUCCUGAGAAAGUUGUGUUGAGACACCAAGAUGUGAAAGGAAGGAAGGAUGUCCAGAAAUUGUUCAAUAAUGUGAUUAAAGAGACUGCCAGUAGGCUUGUCGAAUCCAGGAAGAGUAAAGUCAAGGCCUUGGUUGGUGCUUUUGAGACUGUGAUCUCUCUUCAGGAUGCCAGACCCUCGACAGUGGAAGAUGCAUGCUGAUUUACAAAAUACAUAUAGCUAUUCUGUACAUAUUUGAAAAUAUUUAUAGAAAAAGAGUGAAAAGAAAAACAAGAACACUAGUUUUGGAGGUCACAUGGGAUUGAAGUCACAGGAAUUUGUGAUGAAGAGAAACUGAAUCAAGGUGAGAAGGCUCUCUGAGAAUAUGAAACAUUUUUCUUGUGUUUAUUGCUACCUACAGGUUUGCUGAAAGAGCUGUGUAUUAUCGUUUUAUAAUUUUCUAUUGUCAUAUUGAGAUUAAUUUUGCUAUUACCAUGGCAAUUUGAAUUGAUGAGGCACCAUUAUAUAAGUACAUUGAUAA